AUUAGCUUUACUGAUUUGCUAUGAGCUGUGGUUGAUCUGGAAGGUGAAGGUGUUAAGAAGCCCUAGAAGAAUGGGGAGAGGGAAGAUUGCGAUAAAGAGGAUUGACAAUUCAACGAACAGGCAAGUCACUUUCUCGAAGAGAAGAAGUGGUUUGCUCAAGAAAGCCAAGGAGCUUGCCAUCCUCUGUGACGCUCAAGUUGGGGUCAUCGUCUUCUCCAGCACCGGCAAGCUCCAUGAAUAUGGAAGCUCCAGUCUUAAAUCAAUUAUUGACCGCUAUAAUAAAUGCAAAGAGGAACAGCAUCAACUUAUGAAUCCAGCUUCAGAAGCCAAGUUUUGGCAAAGAGAAGCAACGGUCUUGAGGCAACAACUUCAACGUUUGCAGGAAUUGCACAGGCAAUUGAUGGGUGAACAAGUUUCUGGUUUGGGCAUUAACCAAGUGAACAAUUUGGAAAAUCAACUGAAGAUGAGUUUAAAACGUGUCCAGAUCAAAAAGGAUCAAAUCUUAACUGAUGAGAUUAAAGAGCUACAACAAAAGGGGGAUCAAAUUAGUCAAGAAAAUGUUGAACUCUCUCAAAGGAUACACGUCAUCAAGAAGGAAAAUGCAGAGUUAAAAAAGAUUUGUGAGGAAAGAGCUAUGAAUGAAGAAAAUAAGAGUUUCAAUGCACCAUACAGUGGCAACCUGCAGUUGAGCCAGCAGCCACAAUCUGAUGAAGCUAGUGAGCCACCGACCAAAGCAAUGGAACUGGGAUUACAGCUGCUUUAAUUAGCAAUAGCUGUUUGAUCAUUUGGGAUUUUGAGACGCCGUUUGCGACCAACAACUUUCCUGUGGGAAGAUCAAGUUUUCUUCUAUGGGGAAGAGAUAGGUAUGUUUCAAUUCAAAAAGAUAGUUAGUUAGUUAUUAGAUAAUAAACGCAUCAGGAAUCAUUUAUGUUAUAUGUAUGGGGAUCAAACACAUUAAU